ACUUGUUAAACGAGUAAACGGGGUCAAAGCUCGAUUGGUUGCAGUUCUGACAACCAGCAGAACGGUAAUUGUCGUUUUACGUUUUGGGGAUUACCGUAAUUCCUAUAAAAACAUUCCGUCAUGUUUUGUUUGAAGAGAAUUUUUACCUAUAACCUGAAUGGGAUUUGUAGGCAAUUUUCUGCUUCUGCAGCUGCUCGGGGAUCACAAACUCCAGUUGGUUUCAUUGGAUUGGGUAAUAUGGGUGGAUCAAUGGCAGAAAAUCUAUUAGCAACUGGACAUCGGGUCAUUGUGUAUGAUAAAGUGCAAGAUUCUGUGAAACUAUUACAAGAUAAGGGGGCAGUGGUUGGGAAAAACCCUGCUGAGGUUGCUCAACAGACUGAGAGAAUCAUUACUAUGCUUCCUAGUAGUCCUCAUGUUCAAGAAGUAUAUCUAGGACCAGAUGGAAUUUUGUCUGCGGUGAAAGGAGGGGCAUUGCUUGUAGAUUGUUCCACAAUUGAUCCAGCAGUUGCGAUUGAUGUUUCCAAGAAGGCUUCUGAUAAAGCUGCCGUUUUUAUGGAUGCUCCAGUAUCUGGAGGUGUUGUUGCAGCUAAAGCAGCAUCUCUCACUUUCAUGGUAGGUGGACAGGAGGCUGAAUUUGAUGCCGCCAAGGAAAUGCUUUUGCAUAUGGGGAAAAAUGUAAUUCGAUGUGGAAUAGUUGGCACAGGUCAAACUGCAAAAAUCUGCAACAACAUGUUGCUAGCAAUAUCUAUGAUUGGAGUAUCUGAAGCGUUGAAUCUUGGCAGCAGGCUUGGUUUGGAUCCAAAGACUUUAUCGAGUAUUAUGAAUAUUUCUACUGGUCGUUGUUGGUCAUCUGAUACCUAUAACCCGGUGCCAGGAGUCAUAGAAGGUGUACCUAGCAGCAAUAAUUACAAUGGAGGUUUUGGAAGUGCACUCAUGUGCAAGGACCUUGGUCUGGCUCAGACUGCAGCAAUCAACACGCAAACGCCAACUCCCCUCGGUUCACAGGCUUUGCAAAUGUACAGAACAAUGGUGAUGAAGGGAUAUGGAUUAAAAGAUUUUUCAUCAGUUUACAAGUACCUCAGCACGGAAGAAGAAUGCGAGACCAAAAACUGAAGCGGUUCAUCUUAUUUUCUGCUUGCUCUUUUAUAUAAUAUUGAAGUGUUUUUUCAAAGUGUACCAAUCAAAAUUUGCACUUUUAUGGUUACCUAGAUGAUAUUGCCUUUUGUAUUUGGUUACUUUAAAUCAUGAAUCUAAACAAUAUUUCGAAGUCUAA